AUGUCAAACAUUUCCAGCAUUGAAGAUAUUGACUUGAGUUCUUGCAAGUUAGGACCUCAUUUUCCCAAAUGGAUUCAAACAAUGAAAAAUCUUUCCAGUAUUGAUCUUGCCAAAACCAGAAUUUCAGAUAACCUUCUAGAGGACUUUUGGAAAUCGUGGCCUUCUCGUUUAAGAUAUUUGAAUAUCUCUUUCAACAAUAUUACCGGGAUAGUAACAGAUAUGUUAUCAAAUUUUGACCCUGUAAUUUCUUCUACCAUAGAUUUGAGUUCCAACAACUUUUAUGGUCAUAUACGAAAUGUUCCUUCCAGUUUGGAAGUGUUAGACCUCUCAAAAAAUAAUUUAUCUGGACAAAUCUUCUUUUUGUGCCAAAUUAAGGAUGGGUCUUUGUCCUUUCUUGAUCUUUCACACAACGCGUUCACUGGGCCCAUUCCAGACUGUUUGUGGCAUUUUACAAGCCUAAGAACUCUUAGUCUAGAAUAUAACAAUCUAUCUGGAAGGCUUCCUAUUUCUAUCAAGUUUUUGAUAAAGCUUGAGGUCUUGUAUUUAUACAAUAACAACUUCUCAGGAAAAUUGCCCUUAUCUUUAAAGAAUUUAACCAAGUUAACCUUUUUGAAUUUGGGGGCCAACAAGUUUUCAGGUUACGUGCCUAGUUGGAUCGGAGAAAAGUUAUCGAUGUUGUAUGCUCUUAUCUUAACAACAAAUAAUUUCGUUGGGACCAUCCCUUCAGAUUUAUGUCAAUUAGUAUAUCUACAAAUUCUAGACUUGUCCAUGAAUAAACUCCAGGGAGCCAUCCCCUCUUGUUUGGGUAAUCUCACUUCCAUCGCUCAAGAUGGAUUCUCAUUCAGCCAAAAAAAUAUGCAUCCUGCUAACCUUAGUGGGGGCGUGUAUAUUGACCGUUCAAUGAUCAAGUGGCAAGGAAAUGAGCGUGAAUUUGGCAGCACUCUAGAAUUGGUAAAGAUCAUCAAUUUAUCAAGCAACAAUUUAACUGGAAAAAUCCCGGAUAAACUAACCGAUCUUCAUAAAUUGAUUGCACUCGACUUGUCAAUGAAUGCUCUAGUUGGAGAGAUUCCAUCCAACAUUGGUCAGAUGAAAGAACUUCAAAUUUUGGAUCUAUCCAGAAACAAUCUUAGAGGAGGACUACCAUCAAGCAUGUCUCAAAUGACCUUGCUAAACUAUCUAGACGUGUCGUAUAACAAUUUGCCAGGAAAAAUUCCAUCUAGCACUCAACUCCAGUCCUUUGAACCUUCAUGGUACACCGGAAAUGCAGGAUUGUGCGGACUUCCCUUGCCCAAAUAUUGUCCAGGAGAUAAAGUAUUAGAAGGUCCACCCGUCAGUCGUGAAAGUAUGGAAGGAGGGGAACACAUAGAUGAUCUUCAAAGAUGGUUUUAUAUCGGAGGGGCAUGUGGUUUUGUUACAGGAUUUUGGAUGGUGUGUAUUGCUUUAAUUGUUAAUCGCCGUGGGAGACAUGCUUUUUUUCACGUCAUGAAUAGCCUUGAAAAUUGGGUUUAUGUGAAAGUGAUGGUGUUCAUUGCAAAAGUGCGUAGGGUUUGA